AUGCCGGACCAUUUUCAUCGCCAAGUGCGACGCGAUUUGUCGAAUUGGAAAAAGGAACGGGACGAUGAGGCAUUGGUUCGGGAGCAAAAAUUGAGGGCGAUGGAAGGCGGAGCAAAACAAUCGGCUGUGAGUUUUUUUGGGAUCAUUGAAAUCUUCACUACUAAAUGUUUUGAUAGACAAAAUAGGGUAUCUCAAGAUUUUUGAGAAAUGUCUGUGUGUGCGCGCGGUCGCGAUGCGGUCGAAAUAAAAUCAAUUUUUUCAUUUUUUUUUUAUUUUAUUUCGACCGCAUUGCGACCGCGCACACACACCGACAUUCAUUAGUUUUCGAAAUAAUUAUGAGGGACUAGCUUUUCCUCUGCCACAUUUUUUAAAAUUCCACAAUACUUUCUUGAGAUUUUGAGCAUCAUUUUCAAGGAGAAAAAUGUGUUUCUGAUUAUUUUUUUUCAGCGCGCCCCUAUUCCAACAUCCAGCGAGCCGAUUGCCUGUAGGACUCGUUCUGAGUCCUACAGGCUUUUUCUUUGGGAGCGAUACUGCACUUAAGUAAGUUCAUUUUUUGUUUAAAAAUCAGAUGUUUAAUAAUAACUAACAUUUUUCAGUGUGCAGUAUCGCUUCCUUUGGUGCCCCCUCUUUCAUCGCCGCCGUUCACCCGUCCCCCGCCGCCAACUCCAAUUUAUUUGUCUGGCCAUCGCCCUUUUCAUCAACUGGUUCUUCCACAUUCUUCAUCUCCCCCAUCUAUUGCUCACCAGCCAGUUAUCAAUCCCUCAUUUUUGUCCUUGUGA